GCUCACAUCUCAUCUCCUCCAGCAAAGACACACCAAGCUGCAGUCCUUCAUUUCUCCGGAGCCAUGGUUUCUCAAGUGACCAACUCCCUUGUCAAGUGCCUGCUGAUAAUCCUCGGCCUUGUCUCAAUAAUCGUGAAUAUCGUUCUGAUAUGCCUGAAUUCAAACAGGCUUCCAAAAUGCCAGAUGCAAUCACAAGGAAAUGUGGCAGCCAACCACACAGACCACAGCUUAAUAUUCGCUGACCUCACCCCCGAGGAGUACAAGAUGGUCCGCGAUUACAUGUGGGAGCAGAAGGACUUGAAGAUUUCUCACUCGGCCUUUGCAAAACCGUCUGAGAACUUCAUCUUCUUAAUUGACCUUGUGCUUCCAAAAAAAGCAGAAGCGCUGAGUUACUUGGAUUCUCAGGGACACAAACCCGUACGUCAAGCCAGUGUUGUGGUGUUUUUUGGAGAAUCAAACUACCUCAAAGAGUACAUUGUGGGACCUCUGCCUGGUCCUCUCACCCAUCAGGAUGUCACAAGGGAGAAGUACAAGGUUGAGGGCCUAAAGUUCACAGCUCGACCUGUGACCAUUGGAGAGUAUGUGCAGAUUUUCAAAUUGAUCUAUGGUAAAGUCUUUUACCAGAUGAAGACAGAACUGAAGGAGAGCUUUGGCUAUGACCCAGAGAACCCAAAUCUGAGUAUUUUCGAAGGGAUGCCCAGAGGAGUAAAAUCAGGCGAUCGAAAGACAUGGAUAGGAUUUUUUCGUGAUUUCAGUGGCAUGUACAUCCAUCCAGUUGGCUUUGAAAUUUUAGUCCAUCAUGAAAGUAAAAACUCUUCGGACUGGACCAUUGAAAAGCUCUAUUAUAAUGGCAAGUAUUUUGACAGUAUUGAUAGUUUUAAAAAAAGCUAUGCAGCAGGUACUUUGGAAAAGAUUGUCUUUAAAGAAGUGUCCAAUUUUGGCUCUUUAAAACCAAAGAACAAACCUACGGGACUGGGACCGCAUCAGUAUUACCUCCAAGGCAAGCGCUUCAGCGUGAAGAACAACCAGGUAAUUUACCAGAAUUGGAGAUUUGCAUUUGGUCUAAGUUCACUGACCGGCAUGCGAGUGUUUGACGUUCGUUUCAAAGGAGAAAGGAUAAUCUACGAGCUCAGCGUCCAGGAGGCCAUGUCCGUGUACGGCUCCAUAACUCCAGGCAUGAUGCUCACCAAAUUUUUGGACACAAGCAUCGGCGUUGGCCGCUUCGCACACGAAUUGGUCCGAGGCGUCGAUUGUCCGUACUCAGCCACUUACGUCGAUGUUUACCGCUACAUCGAUGUCAAUGAGACUCAGCUUUUCAGGAACGCCAUCUGCGUUUUCGAGCACGAUGUGGGACGGCCGCUACGCCGUCACUUUUCAGAUUUCUUUCAGAACAGCUAUGGAGGCCUGACUAACAGCGCCCUGUACAUCCGCACCAUCACAGCCAUCGGUAACUAUGACUACAUCUGGGACUUCAUCUUCUACCAGAGCGGCACAGUGGAGGCCAGAGUCCACGCAACAGGUUAUAUUUCAUCCUCUUAUAAAGUACCUGGCAGUCUCAAGUACGGCCACCAGGUCGCGGAAAAUGUGCUUGGAAACAUCCAUACACACUUCGUUAACUUCAAAGUGGAUCUGGAUAUUUUAGGUGUGAGGAACUCGUUCCAGACCAAAGACAUGGAGUAUGAGGAGGUGUCUUUGCCCUGGAUGCCCGAGCGCAAAGCCAAAAUCCCAAAAUUGGUGGAGAAUGAGAUCAGGACUGAACAGGAGGCAGCGCUUCGUCACGGUACUAAAAUUCCUCGUUACCUUCAUGUGGCCAGCAAUAGCAAGAACCGCUGGGGCCACCAACGCUCAUACAAGGUGCAGGUGAUAAGUUUGGCAGGAGAUCACCUCCCAGAGAGCGAGCCAGAGGAGAAGAGCAUGUCCUGGGCACGGUACAAAGUUGCCAUAACAAAACAUAAAGACACAGAACAGACCUGCAGCAGUCUGUACAGUCAGAACGACAUGUGGAACCCAGUGGUCGACUUCAGCAAUUAUAUCAAGGACAACGAGAACAUUAAGAACGAGGAUCUGGUUGCCUGGGUAACGGCGGGCUUCCUCCACAUCCCUCACGCUGAGGACAUCCCCAACACGGUCACGGUUGGAAACGGAGGCGCCGUCCUCAUCCGUCCGCAUAAUUACUUCGACGAAGAUCCAUCCAUCCACUCGGCUGAUGGCGUCUACAUCAGCCCAGGAUCGGAAAAAGACUGCGAAUACAACAAGAUGGCGUGUUUAGACAAACAACUGUGUAGCCCGUCACUGGAGCCGUUUACGUUCGAUGGGUUCGAGGGCGUCAUGAAAUUUGACUAUUAAACACAACGUAUUAUAAUGUAGAUGUUUGCUGUUUUCUAUUUCAAUUCCUCUGUUCACAACUAUAUUUACAUUUUCACGCUUAGAAUUGUAUGAUUAUACGUCUUCUGUAUCUUCUUUUAUUUUAGCAACAUGAACGUCUAUAGGACGAAUUGAUUUUUACUCACUUUUUAAUCGAAACUAAAUUGAAGCCACUCAGAAAUUCUGUAGAAGUCGUGUGUAUUUAUUUUCUCUCUUUUCGUUUAAGGUCUUUUUUUAUACACAGUUUAGGCAAUAACAAAGACAUUACAAAGAAAGAGCUACUUCUACCACCUUGAGUAUUUUUCUAUAACAGCAUGUCCCAAAUAUUCAUAAUAAAUCACAACAGCUUGAUUAACCAAAUACAGAUUUUUCUGGUUAAAGGAGAUCCCAUCAUAGCCCGUGUGGUGUGGUGCAGCGGUAAAGUGCUCGCCCUGUUAUCCGAAGACCGCGAGUUAGAAUCUUUGGUCAUGUUGUAGCCUUUCGCAGCUGGGAGCCUAGAGAGAGCUACAUCAUACUUUUAAUUUGUUUAUUGUUGAACGUCCAGGAAACAAGUUAGUUCUUUUUCUCGUGUACGUCAUAGCAGCUACAAUUUCUUUUAUCUUUUCACUAACACAAAGAACCGACACUGGAGACUCCUUCCAUAGCAUAGAAAACAUUACCAUUUCAACAAUGCUAUAUCCAUUCCUAUGGAGCAUCCAGCUGUAUCCAGCUGUUGUUACUAUGGAAACAAUAACUCAAUGAAUAAUCAAUAAAUAAUAUAAUCUGCACCAAUUAAAAUCCAAAAUUAAACAGAGCUAUGAUGUAAACGUUACAUAUUGUGCUAAUCUAAAUUUAUUUUAAGGAAGUUUCAAAUAUUUAUUAAGUGCCCCAGAUUUACUUAUGCUAAUGUUUUUCACACUAUUUCACAGCACUGUCUCUCUGGUUUGGGGAAUUUUUGGGACUGUAUAUGCGUAUACAGUGAGAUUGUACAGUCUCAGUCGGGUCCUACAUUAGCGCUCAUUUUCAGCCUACCUCAUUUUAACCAAGACUAAUGUAAUGUGCAGGUUUAUAAAGCAUCAGCAGCGGAAAAAAAGUAAAGCUUAUCACCGCGUGAUCAUUAAACAGAGGAUCUUAACCUCCUGAGACCAGGACAUUACUGUUGUGUACAUUUCAUUUUCUCCUCCGUGUUACAUUUAAUUAUCAGCGGAUAACUAUGAACCUAAUCGAUGCUUUCAAACAAGGAGAAGUUUGGCAUUAGAAUCGGAUUAAACAGCACUCAUAUGAGGAUUGUUUAAAGAUAUACUUAGACAUGGGAGAAACAUGAGGAUGUUCAGGUCACCAAAGGGUUAAUGUUCAUGAAACUACUGAUCCUACAGCUUGUAACUCUUGCACUGCUUUUCUGAUAGUAUACAUUUUGUUUGUUUAGUAUUAUUAUUAUUUACAGUAGUUUGAAGUUGUCUAUUAAACAGCAUUUACCAGCCAAGUACAAACAUUUUUUUUCAUGGAAAUUGCUAAUUAUCAGACUUUUACCUUUUUUGUUCCCAAACAUGUGAAAAUACAUUUUAUAAUAAGCUAAGAAAUUAUUAAAACUGAAAAAAAAAAAAGCUAUAACAAGUCACGACUUUGAGAUUUUCAGUUUUCCCUGUACAGGACGGUUUAAAGUUUUUUUUAUUUUUAUUUUUUUUUUACAUAAUUUCAUGUACAUUUUAUAAUCUAUAUGCAUCUAUAUGAACUUGUCAUUUAUGAUGUUCUACAGUAUGAAAAGCAAAACAUAAAGUAAAAAUAAAUGGAAAUGGAAUUCCA